UUUCAUCACUCACCGAACUUUGCACUUAUGGGAUCCUCAGGAGACGCACCUUUUUUCGGAACAUUUGCGAACGGCGAAAACCUCUUCGAUAUCGACACCGCGCCGCCGCCCUUCAGCCCCCUCUUCUUCGUUGCCUCUCCCGAACCCCCCGUUUUUUCAUUCAUGGACUGUCUUGAUGAGGUUCCUUCGUUGCCGGUGCCGGAAACGGGGACCGACCUACCUGCCGGAAACAACCCUGUUCCUGUCGUGAACGAAGCCGAUCUCUCGUCAAACCAGAAUCAGCUCGCGAAUACUCAACCGCUGCCCGAAAGUCAGAAUCUCGAUUCCUUGCUGUACGAUCCGUUUUUCGACCAGGCGCUCAAUGCCUUCCUUGAAGGGCAACAACAGGUGGAGGGUCCGUACGAGAUCUACUCACAGAAUAACUUGCCAGUGGGUCCAUCAGUGCAGACGCAGCAGCCCCUCGUCUGUCCGAACACGGCGACUUACUCUGACGUCGUGUCGGUCCAAGGAAACAAUAACUAUCCAUAUGAUCCAACAACGAUCGAGAACAAUCAGCAGAUCGGACAGAGAAAUGGGUUCGAGCAAGCAAACAUGGGAGGGUCCGGACAAGUCAACGCCGCCUUGGAUUUCCCAGUCAGCUUCCAGUCACAGCCUCAAGAGCCAGCGACGAUGCAAGAUGUGGACCAGCCGAACCCACUUAGCUCGGUGUAUGACCAACUCAUACGCAAUUUCUCGAAUAAUGAUGUACUAAUUCCGAGCCCGAGAGAAACAAGUGGGUCCAUCAACAGGCAGCGAAAUCCUCUUCUGAUCCCAACCUCUUCAACAAGGGGUCCGGCCCGGUCAAGCAAUAUGCAGAGUUCUUCGAACCAGACAUCGGAUUUUGUAACAAACCAAGAGUGUUAUAAUAAUAAUCCCAUGUUACCAAACCCUAUCGUCUCAAAUAACCUACAACAAAGCUACCAACCGUAUUCUCCUUACCAGCAUGACCAAUUCACUCCAUUACCGAACCGUUAUUCUCCAGUACAAGACUUCACUUCCUAUCCGACAACUCUUCCUCCGAUCUUGCCGAGGCCUAACCCGCAACCUCAACAAUUUGACGGCUACUCUUUUCCGUCCGCUUCGGCCGACGUUGAUGACGAUGAACCUCUUGCCUUAAGGAUGGUCAGAGCAUCGGCUCGGAUGCGUGCUUAUGGUCAUCAGAGCCAUCAGCAUGCGGGUGUAAACCCAAGAGCAUAUGCACCGGUAAACCAAGCUUCUACACCAUCUAGCUUGAUGGGUCCGCUGCAAGACAUUCCAUUGAUACCCAGAUCUCAACCUCUCUUCGACUCUACCGGGUUGCAAUACGCACAAGGGCCGAUUAAUCAGCCUUCUCGGACAAGUUCUAUGUACAAUGGACUUGGCAACCAACCACAGAAUACGUAUAUGAACUCAACCAAUCUGGAAAUCGGAGGCGACGGCCACAAUGAGCAAUCAUCAUCAACACGUAGAAGAUCGACGAACAGGAACAAAGAUAAGGGAGUUCUCGGACUAGGAGGUUACAGGGGUCAAUUUGAACAUGGACAAACAUCUAAAAGAAGGAGGACGUUCUUGCAAGGAGAAAGCUCGAGAUUAGAACUACCUGUGGCUUCUCGAUUACUCAACGGAAGCUUCGGACCGACCCACCCCUUCGACGACAGGCCAACGCAAAAUGCAGUAUAUGACCCAAUAUACGAAGGCGUUGGUCUGCCGGUCGAUCCCCAUCUCAGACUGUUUGAUAAAAGUUAGCGAAUGAUCUUUUGCUUCGACAAUUUUUUGUUGUCCGGAAUUUCGGUGUAAUAAGAUCGUCUAUGCCUUCAUGAAUUGGAUCGGAUACUGCA